AUUUACUAGCUUCUACGCUCAGUCGAUUCACAGCAUCGCGCGCUGUUGCCGGCCAGUCAGACGCGACUACCCAGCAGCCGCGCAGAUCGCGUUCCAAAUUCAAAUUACGAUUUAUUUUUAAUAAUCGUCUGUCUUGACUCUAUUAUCAAGAUCAUCGAAUUUGAAGACAGAUUAUAGUGAGUGUAGAUUAUCAAAGUGAAAAAAAUUAUAGAUAACAACGGUGAUGCGAUAGUAAAUAGUAAUUAGUUAAAUACAGAAACAAUGAAUAUGGAAACACAAGAAUACAUGAAUGGGUUAAGGCCGGGUCCUUUGACGAGAGAGAUACCGGAAUGUAUGAGGAACAAAUACACUUUAGUUCAAGGGAUUUUCGACCUUAUCGUCACUCUGUUGACGGCACUUGGACACUUAUUUUACGAAAUAUACAAAUCAAUAUUUAGAGACCCGAAAAAGGACUUGAAGGGUCAAAUUGCCUUAAUAACUGGAGGCGGAGGUGGUUUAGGAAGCCUUAUAGCAUUGCGGCUCGCCAGACUCGGAUGUGUCGUCGUACUUUGGGAUAUAAAUAAACAAGGUUUGGAAGACACAGUGAAGUUAGUCAAAGGUGUCGGCGGCAAAUGCUUCGGCUACGUAGUAGACCUGGCUGCUCGUGAUGACAUCUAUCGGGUGGCUAAACAGGUCAAGAAGGAAGUUGGAACUGUGUCGCUCCUCAUAAACAAUGCAGGAGUGGUAUCGGGUCAGUAUCUUUUGGAGACACCUGAUCAUCUCAUUCAGAGAACCUUCGACGUUAAUAUCCUAGCACAUUUCUGGACGGUCAAAGCUUUCAUACCAGAUAUGAUAGACAGCAAUCACGGGCAUAUAGUAACCAUAGCGUCGAUGGCUGGACAUGUUGGAGUUCCAAAACUCGUGGACUACUGUGCCUCUAAAUCGGCUGCUUGUGGUUUUGAUGAAGCUCUGAAGGUCGAGCUGGAUUCAAAGGGAAUAAAGGGAGUCCGCACGUCAUUGAUAUGUCCGUACUUUAUCAGGGCAACGGGGAUGUUCGAAGAAGUGAAGUCAAGGAUCGUCCCUCAGCUGAAUUCCAAUGACGUAGCAGAUAGAGUGGUCUACGCUAUACGGACGAAUGAAAAUGUCGCAGUCAUACCCAGCUAUCUUCGAGUGCUGCUGCCGUUUAAAUGGCUGGUACCUUGGGCGUGCGUUUCUGAAUUCAUCCGAGGCUUAGUACCGGACGCAAUGCCAGCACCUAUGCCCUUGCCGGAAAAAAAACUUGAGGCAGAUAUUCUCAAACCAAACGGAAAGUUGGAGUCCCGCCCCAUGACCUUAAUACCACCAGCGAGAGAUGAUCGACGCGUCUGACAUUCUCUUUUUAUAUCCAUGACUUUACAGUGCCAAGAACUCUUCUGACGGUGUUCACUUUUUAGUGCGGCUUGUGACGGUAGAAUUAUAUGAUGUUGGUGUAAUGUAUCGGAUAUCUGACAUUGUUUCAAGUUUUGUAUAAAUGGAGCCGAUAUCGGCAUGCAAAUACAGCAAGUAAAAAAAGUAUCUGUAAACCGAUAAAAUAACGAAGUUUUAUAUAUUAAAAAAAGUUAUCAAAUCCUAUCAAGGUAUUGUACGAUUUGUGUAAAAAAAUGGCAAUGACCUUUUCUUAUAUUUGAGAACAUACUUGUUUUUAAUGCUAUUUAUAUAAACAACAAUAUAUCAACUUGGCUAAAAGCCAUAAUCGACAAAAUAUAUCUGACAAUUAUAAUAUGAUGUUGGUUUGACUUGAUGUCCAUAGCUCAUGAAUAAAAACCUCAUUAAAGGGUGCUUCUAAUAAAAUAUUUGGCGAAAAAAAUAUUUAGUUAAAAUUAACUAUGGACCAAAAACAUAAAUAUAUAAAAACAUUCCCUAAAGAAUAAUUAAAUAACCAUAGUAAUAUUAAGACUUCUGAAUUGGACUAUAUUUUAAUGAAAUUUCUAGCUAUUAAACGGUACUGUACUCAUGUAUAGAUCUAGAUUGUUCUAUUUUUUCAUUGUGCUAACCAAAAAUAAAUUAAUGGUGCAAAUUGAUAAGUGUCCUUAUUCAGACUUAAUGUGUAAUUCAUGAAAUGUAUCUUAAAAUAACACCUUAAGUCAACGAAUUAAGCAUUUUUCACAUUGACUACUUGUAGAACUCUAUAGGAAUUCAAACAAGUUGACGAAUUGCAAAUAAUUAUAUUCACUAAUGUGCCUUUGGCUACAUUGAAAAUAUUGUCAUGAAUCGUAUAAUAUUGACAUUUGAUACUAACAAUAAGUUAAGGAAUAAUAUAGUAACGCUGUGGUACUUAGUCAAUAUGUUAACAGGAGAUUCUGGAUGUGAUUUCUAGUUGAAUAGUUUAUUUUAUAUCUCUUGAUAAAUGUUAAUUACUGCUAUAGUUGCAGAAAACCACCCGUUUAUUAAUAAAACAAAAUAACAUCAUAUACUUUGUUUUUAAUAUUUUUUAAAUUAUUUUAUUAAAAGUAACCACUUUUUGUAAUUAUAGCAGUAAUAAAGCUGUUCUUUAGAGCAGUUUUAUGACAUUACCUCUUAUUUUUAAUUAGGUAAUCAAAAAGGGUUUUGGUUAGAUAACACGAAUUGCUCAAGAUCUGAAUUGUUAUGUGUAUAUAGGUAACAGGAUAAGUCAAUUUAGUUUGUAUCAUCUAACUUGGCCGCCAGUAAUUUUCCAUAAAGUCAGUUUUUGCGGAUAGUAAUUAACGAGAGAAUUUUGUUAUAAUGAAAACUAUAAAACAAACAAUAUAUCAGAUUUGGCGCCAUAAAUGCGUUUAUACAAAAAGCAAUAAAAUGUUAUUACCUUUGUAUAGGACACAGGUGUACAAAAAGAAGAUACAAUAAUAUAGAUAAAAUGAAGAAUGAUUAAAUUUAAUUUUCUUGCAGACGGUCAUCUUAUAUUGGGCAACAAUUAAAUAUAAUCUAAAUACUAAUUACUUCUUUAACCGAAUAUUAUGUAAUAUAAAGUAUAUGAUGUAUGUCAUGUAAAUAACACGUUUAAAUGUAUUGUAUAUAUAUGUUUUGUACAA